AUGAUCACCUCCUUCUUCAAAGCAAAGUCAGGGAAGGUCAAGCCAAUCACGUCCGAUGGCCCUUCGAGAUCCUCACCUGUAGAAAAGCGAGAACGAGACGUGGAUGGUGAAGCAACAAGAUCCGUGAAGCGUUCCAAGCCCUCCGAACAACAAGAUCCAGCCGUCCAAGAAAUGCUGGCCUCUCUGAAUAAGCAAAAUUCUGACGAGACCACCUGGUACGAUGUAAUGGAAAAGCAUUCGACUCAAUUUUCGUUCAAAGGCCUUGCCAAGUUUGUCCAGAAGGAGCGGAAAACGAAAACCAUCUUUCCUCCACCACAAGAUGUCUUUUCGGCUCUGAACUUGACGCCACUCGACAAGGUUAGGGUGGUCAUUGUUGGCCAGGACCCCUACCAUGGUCCAGGUCAAGCACACGGACUCUGCUUCAGUGUUCGAAAGGGUAUUCAAGUGCCACCGUCACUCCGGAACAUGUAUAAGGAGUUGGUGGAAGACAAGGCCGUCAGCAACUUUACGCAGAAGCCAACGCAUGGCUUUUUGGAACGAUGGGCCAGGCAAGGUGUCCUAAUGAUAAACACUGUCAUGACGGUGCAAAAAGCGAAUGCCAAUAGCCACAAGAAAAAGGGAUGGGAGGAAGUAUCGGAUGAAAUCAUUCGAGCAGUGGAUCGUCGGUGCAAGAAGGAAGGCAGGGGAGUUGUCUUUCUCUUGUGGGGAAAGCCUGCCACCACCAAGGCUACCACUGUUCUAGGAGGUUCGGCCUCUUCUCGUCAUCGAAUCAUCUGCACAUCCCACCCUAGUCCUUUGGGUGCCACCAAGACAAAGUCACCCUUUACUGGAAGCAAAUGCUUUAGCCGUGCCAAUGAAUACUUGAAAGAACUCGGCUAUGAUGAAACCAUUGAUUGGAGGGUGGAUGGAGACUUGCAAGAGAUCUAG